GUCUGCUAAGGGCAUAGUAAAGCAUGGGACUCAGAAGCUGUACGCACUUCGCCACGCUGGUUAUUCCUCUCUGGGCAUUAGCCUUCUGCUUCUUAGUGACGGUGCCGGUGCCAGCGCAGACGACUAAUCUGCAAAUCUCGAAGGGGGAUCGGCGACUACAGGACUUGGAGUCAAAUAUGGGUGCGGAAUCCGAUCAGCCCAAUGCGAAUUUAGUUGGACCAUCGCUCUCUCGAUUCGGGGAUAAGCGUAAUCAGAAAAUAAUUACCUUCGGUCGGAGAGUACCUCGCCCAAUGAUACCAAUUAAAUUAGAUCUCCUCAUGGAUAAUGAUGACGAAAAUACUAAAUCUAAGCGGUUUGAUGAUUACGGUCACAUGAGGUUUGGCAAAAGGGGGGGUGAUGAUCAGUUCGAUGACUACGGACACAUGCGAUUUGGUCGGUAAACACUUGCCAUCAUUUUAGUUAUUUAAAAAUCCGCUUAUGUAUAUUGUAAAUAGAAAUUAAUCGAGCACACAUUUUACAUUAACAAUUAA